UUUAUGCUCAUAAUAGACGUGCUGGGAACAUAAACAGCUGCAGAACUUUGACAUAGGCCUUUAAAUUAUGUUGUGAAGUUGCACCCGUGUUGUUUGAGAUGUAUCGGCAGAUUUUACGAAGAUUGACGGUCGGGGCUGGUCCAAAAGCGCAGUUUAACCUCUGCCCUAGUCGAGUCCAGAGACUUUGCUCCAAAAGUGACGAGGUUCGUCUGGCGCAGGAGGCCAGUCAAAAGUCCAGCUCUCCUGCUCCCACCAUCUUCUCCAGAGUCAUUGACAAAAGCAUCCCAGCUGACAUUAUUUAUGAGGAUGACAAGUGUUUGGCUUUCAGAGACAUCAGUCCUCAGGCUCCUGUCCACUUCCUGGUCAUUCCCAGAGUUCCCAUUCCCAGGAUAAGUGAAGCUAAAGACGAUGACACUGAGCUUCUGGGACAUCUGUUGGUUAUUGCCAAAAAUGUGGCGAAGGAAGAAGGUUUACAGGAGGGAUACAGAAUAGUUAUAAACGAUGGUAAACAUGGGGCCCAGUCUGUUUACCACCUUCACGUCCAUGUUUUAGGAGGACGACAGAUGACGUGGCCCCCGGGAUAACAUCAUCAUCAUCAUCAUCAUGUUAAAACAAAUGCCAUAAACAUACUUUUAUCCGUCUGGUGGGUAUCACAUUUCUACAUGACCAUAAUGUCUCUCACGUCUGUUGUGCAGUUUUAUUAAUAAAAUAUUAAAAUUCAAGAGGAUCAAUGAAUAUGUUUGAUUUUACUUAAAUUUACCGAAUAUUUCUACAAAACUUUAAAUGGAUUAAGACAAGCUUAAAAAGAUUAAACUCUAGGCUAAAAUAAAAGUCCAUGUUUUUUUGUUUGCUUGUUUCUUUGUGUUUAUUCCACUGAAAAAUCUUGAAACCUCUUUGCUCUGAGCAGCUUGCAUCUCCACAAACCUGACUCUUAUCUGGCCUGGAAAUGUUAUUCCUUUGACUACAAUCUUCAGAAUGGCAUAAAACAUAUCUACAUCCGUGGAGAAUGUUCUGAAGUGAGUUAAACUUUCUGUUUCCAUGGAGUCGUGCAGAUGAUGUGCCACCUCCACAAAGUUACACACUGUCUCUUUAAGUGUAAACAAUCCAUCAGAGGAAUCCGCUCAAACCUCAGACACAGGUAUCAGCUCCAGAUUCUGAAACUGUCUGUAGAUUUGAAUAAUUUUACUUGAGAUUUGAAAAAGUACAUUUUAGAAUCAAACGUGUCACUUCAGUCGAGUUAAUUUGUACUGUUCUGUUUCACUGUAAAAACCUGCACAGAAUUGAUUUUUUUACACUAGUUUGGACUGUAGGAAACUGGACUUUGGGACAUUUAUUGUAUUUUCUGCUGAUGAACGGUUUGUCUUAUAAUGUAAACGUAUUGAAAUGUGUGUGCAGCUAAAUCUGGUACAAAUCAUCUUUUCUUUUGUGAGAAUAAUGAAUUUGUACAUAGUCCCUGAC